AUGUUUGUGACUCGAGCAAUCCAGGGUCGCAUCACCCGUUUUGGUGUCAGGUAUUCUGCUAUUAGUAAAAGAAAACGGAUACCAGUGCAGCUAUUGAAAGAUUUCCCAACUAUCGGGGUCAAAGGACAAAUAGUGCAAGUGAAACCGAGCGUUAUGAUAAAUCGACUUCAUCCGAAAAACGGAGCAGUGUAUAUGCACUUGCCUGACUCUAAGCCUAAAAUUCCUGUGGUCGAGCCAAAGGAAUUGGACCUGGUGUCCAUGGGCCUGGAGCAGGAGAACAAUGAGUCACAAACAUUGACUUUGGACGAUUUGAUAUCUUUUGAUUUAAAUCAAUUACUUGGCUCUGAGAGAGAUGCAAUCAUCGCUAAGUUGCCUCGUCGCGUUUUGUUCAGAGCCGAGAAGUCUAACAACAAAUUGCGGAACCCAAUUUCUGGAAACAGGGUGCUUAUGACUUUGAAUAGAAUGGUUGCACAAGGCUUGAAACAAAACGAGGAUCCAGACCAGGUGAAUGCGUUCUUUGCAGAUUCUCACCUGAAGUUGGACAUUCUGGAUCAGGAAGAAAAUCAUUUAGAUUACAUUCACGAGGAUGGCAUCUACUCUGCACAGUUAGCCGACUUGCGCGAUGGCGAAAAACUUGUGCACAGGUUCACAAUUGGUGUGAAUGUUAACUAA